AUGGCGGGAUUCUCAAGCUUUAUUUAUGCCGGUGACGAGAACGUCGACCCGUUUGGUGUUAAUUCUUCCGAUAAGUUCGACCCGUUUGCGAAACAACCGAACGACCCAUUUAACAUCCCACCUCCAACACACCCAACUAUUAACACGUUUGAUGACCCCUUUGCGUCAAACAACACAAUACCAACAUCAAUACCCGCUCCAGUUGUCCUCGAAAUUCCGCAGGAAACUCAAAAAUCGCCACGGACGGAACAUUCGAUCGAUUUUCAAGAUCAGAACGAAGAAGUUGAAGCGGUGGAAGUCCCAAAGCAAGGCGAGGCCGAAGAGGUCGACGAGUUGAAGAAGGAAUUCAAGCCAAUUAAAUCGCCGCGCAUCAAUAUCGACAUGAAGGAAGAGGAACAAAAUGUUCCGACAAUUGAAAUUGAAACAAAACAAAUUAAAGAGAAAAAUGAAAAAGUAGAACAAAGCGAAAACAAGCAAGAGGAAAGCGAGAAAAAGGAGAUAACAGAAGUCGAGGACCAAGCCGAUAAAAGAGUCAUCGACUACUUCAAUAAGAACUUCACGGAAACAUUUGUCCCGCAAUUGAAGACAACCGAGAGCGAAGUUGUCGACUUAAUUCAAAUACAAGGGCAGCUCGACGCACAACUUAAGGUGUUGUACGACAAACUCAAGGAGAUGGAGAAGGUGUUGUCCCCUCCAACUUACACGGACGACCUCGAAAGGAUCGCCAAAGUGCAAAAGAGAAUCGAUAGGCUCAACACUCUUCUUGGCCAAAUUGAGUUGAGGAUUAGCACUCUCAUCAACUCAAGAAUUUACCAAAAAUGUUUGCCUCUUCAAUUCUUUCAUUCCACCAUUUUCAUUUUUAGUCUUAUAUUUAUAGUAUUAAUAUAG